AUGCAGUACCACCUUGUAGCUCUCUUCGCCGUAGCUGCUAUCGCUGCCCCCAUCAAGAAUGGCGAUGAUGUUAAUAUUGGCACCAAUCUCCUGAGCGACGAAAGCACUGGUGCGAAGAACGCCAAGCGUGAGGAAAAUGGCUUCAUCGCGGACUACGCCCAGCUGGCUAGUGAUAUUGCCAAUGCCAUGAAGCGCUCGGACGCGGGGGUCGCGAGUGAUGGAGGCACCGGCGUGAAGAACAGCAAGCGCGCUGAAGAUGGGUUGAUUACGGACUAUGUCCAGCUGGCCGAUGACAUUGCCAACGCCAUGAAGCGUUCAGAUGAGGGUCUCAUUAGUGAUCUUAACGUUGGCACCAAUGUUGGGAGUGAUGACAGUACUGGUGUGACGAAUGCUAAGCGCGCUGAAGAUGUUUCAAUUGGCGGGGUUGAGGCGGGGACUCCUAUCCAUGUUAUCGAGAACGCCAAGCGUGAUGAAGAUCUCUCGAUGGCGCCGAUCACUAUUGGAGCAAUCAGUCUUUAA